GCCAACACUGUGAAAUUGCGCUGAUAAUUACAUUUCUUACUAUUCUCACAUUUCAUACAGUUUGGGGUACGUAAUACGGAACCCUGCAAUGUCCGGCCAUGGAUCUUUUUGGGGUCAUUUUUGGUUGGCGAAACUCUUCCUGCAAUUCGCUGGCCUCCUUCCCAUCGGUGGAUCGUCUUGUUUAUGGAAAUCUUUUCUGAACCAAUUUUUAGCAACUUUACCACUAUGGACCAGCUUCUACAUACUGAUCCCGGAAUUCAAAUACAUAUUUUUUCAGAGUCCCGACAUCGACAGUUUUCUGGAAGCAGUGCUGAUCAUAAUAUCGGUCUUAACGUACCAACUUAGAUCAAUCUUCGUUGUUGUAUACCGCCACAGGAUCACACGCUUGUUCUUGGUCUGCGAGACGAUGUGGAACGAGGCAGUUCCUGCGGAUUACAGUGUGAUUUUUAUCUGGGCUAAGCGUGCGAAACGCAUAAGUACAAUUUACUUUUGCGGUGCGUACUGUUCGGUGAUCACGUUCGCCGUGACGUCGACGGUAAAGCAACUCUCAUCUGCUGAAAAUUCUACAACAAAAUACUACCCGUUCGCCCCUGAAGAAGAUUCCACUCCGACUCCACAAUAUCAGAUUAAGUUUGCUACUCAGGUUCUGAUCAGUUACAUCGGAAUAGCGUACAUAGCUGCUUGCGACAUGACUGGCACCAUACUAGCACUCAACAUGUGCGGACAACUGGCCCUCAUCCGAAGCUGGCUCGCCGACGUUUCGGGAGAAAAUGUGUGUAAAAGGGACCGAAAAACCGACCAAAAUCUGCAAAAUGUGUUGAUGAAAUGUGCUCGUCGUCAUCAAAUCGUAUUAGACUUCUGUUCCGAGCUAGGAGAUGUGAUUCGAUACAACUACCUGAUACAAAUCGUCACUGAGAUGUACAUCAUGGCUGUUUCGGGAGCGAGGCUUUCACAGGGCUCUGGAUCGGUCCAACAUCUUUCAACAUUGCUCUUGGCGAUUAAUGGGCUUUUGUUUUCUUGUUGGCCAGCAGACACUCUCUCCUGUCAAAGCACUGCGAUAGCGCAGGCAGCUUAUGAGGUCCCCUGGCAUCGCGGAUCGUCUCGUGAGAAAACCAUGGUAGCGGUUAUGAUAGCGCGAUCUCAACGCCCUGCUACAUUGAGCGCGGGAAAUUUCGUCAAGUUGUCUUUGCAGACGUUUUCCUCCAUCACGUCAAACGGCCUAUCCUUUUGCAUGGUCUUGCUGAAUAUCUGAGUACUGUAUGUCUCUUUUACACGUAACGUUAGGCAGGCAGUGUUUGCCGCGUUGUAGUUAAUACUAGAUAAAUCGAGAUAACAAUAAAAUUUUUUAUUAUUUCCAAUACUCGAAAUGUCUAAAAUUAUCGUCGGUUAUUCUUCACAAUCACUCGAAAUUAAUUUGAACAACUUAACAAAUAGAAAAUGAUCUUUCCUUGCUGAUAAAAAGUAUAAAACUUGACAAACAAUCGAAAGUGUUUCCAUUGUUCAAUGUUCAUGAACUCGUUCGAAAAAAGUAACCGUCGACGGUAUGUAACAUCGAAAAUUAACGCUCUACGGGGGGUUGAUCCUAGCGUGUAGAGAGAAACCAGAGCACGAGUGGCGCAAAAACCAAUCCUAGUAUAAUGAU